AUGGUUGUCUUGAAUCCUAAUAAUUGGCAUUGGAUUGACAAGAACACCUUACCAUGGACCAAAGACUACUUCAAUAGCAAAUUCAAUGACUGGACAAUCGAGAAUGGGGACAGUAAGUUUCGUGUUGUAUCUGUUUCGUCUAUUUCUGGUGACUCUAAUGUGACCCAGAGGAAGGGUAAAGUCAUAUGUUACUUUGAUUUAAAGCUAGAAUUUACGGUUGCCGUUUCAGGACACGUUCUAGACAAUGAGGAGGAGGAUGUCUGCGAGGGAACAAUAAGCGUACCAGAAUUUGUGCAUGACGAGUGUGAAUUUGGGAUUGAAUAUGUUGGGUUUGGUAAGCAAGAGUCUGUUAUCAGACAGCAGUUCACUCCGAAAUUUGUUGAGGAGUUGUUAAAAUAUCAGUCCACUUUGGUGGAUGCGCAUUCGAAAGAUGUCCAGCAUACACUAUGA